UUUCAGUAUCAUAUAAAAAGUUAUGACGUCAUCAAUGUUCAGGUGACCUACGUGCUCAGUGUAUGUGUUUGGCAAGCUAGUCCACAUCCAAGACAAAUCGGUUUUGUCAUCAUCCUCGUGCCCGUUCUGAAUCUUCUCGGAUGUGCCUCGGCACUCAUUUCGCUAUGGUUCAUGGUCCAGAAGUUCUACUGGAAGCGAGUGGAGUUGUCGUUCAACCUCGGCGGUUUCGCGCUUUCCUUGCUAGGAAUGAGUGUGUUGUUGCUCAGCUACAAUAAAGAUUCGUCAAUCCGAAAUUAUAUAGCGCUUAAUCAUGUGCUGAUUCUUAUCGCAUGGUCGUUCUGCCUUGUUUGGAGCCGCUUUUUCACGUCGAAUACCGUCUCCAAUCUGUUCAUCAACGAAUGGGGUCGUGGAACCGAAGACAUCGAAAUCGAAGCCCUUGAGGGCCACUUCUAA